AUGACCCGGAUGCUAUUGCUCAUCUUUAUCAUGGUCCAUCCAGAGAGGUGUUUUUCUGGGUCUUCUCUUUGCCUGCCAGGAUCCUGUGCUCUCUGGGUGUUCCAGCCCCUGGAAAUUCGUACCCAGGAGGGCACCGCUGCCUUCUUGCCCUGCUCCUUCAAUGCCAGCCAAGGGAAAUUGGCCAUUGGCUCUGUCACGUGGUACCGGGACAAGGUGGCCCCAGAGAAGGAAGUGAGGAAUGGGACCCCAGAGUUCAGGGGCCGCCUGGCCCCUCUUCCCUCUUCCCGUUUCCUCUAUGACCAUCAGGCCGAGCUGCACAUCUGGGACACCCAACACUGUGACGCUGGAGUCUACGUGUGCAGGGUGGAGGUGCUGGGCCUAGGUGUUGGGAUGGGGAAUGGGACUCUGCUGGUGGUAGAGAAAGGACCUCCUCGGCUAGGGGCCAGCACAGUCCUCCUCCUUCGGGCUGGAUUCUAUGCCUUCAGCUUUAUCUGUGUGGCCAUGGGCAGCACCAUCUAUUACCAAGGCAAAUGCCACCGUCACCUGGGAACAUGCCGCCACUUCUUAGAUGCCGCUGAUGAGUGAUUCCAGACCCCAGGCAUCCAACUGUCUUCAAGAGACCCCAAUAAAUCUUCCUCUGCCCCGCC